UCGACAUGAACAUGUUCUCGCGGGCUGCAGUGAGAUUAGCAUUUGAGCUCCAGCAACAGUGAGAUUAACAUUUGAGAUCCAGCAUACACACUCACACACAGGAAGAAAGAGAGGGAGAGCGCCAGCUGGAUUCGCUACUUUCAUUCGGCUCACUGAGGUUUCAACUCGCGACACAGGCGGCUGUCUGUCACUUUCACCUGCUGAACAUGAUCUUCAAAAUCACCUGUCUGCUUGGAUUGCUGCUCUGCGGCUGUCAAGCGGUCCUUCAGGUGUCAAUAUCACUCAAUAAAGUGGAACUGAGUGUUGGAGAGUCUAAAUUCUUCACAUGCACAGCCAUUGGUGAGCCGGUGAGCAUAAACUGGUUCAGUCCUCAAGGUGAGCGCAUGAUUUCAAACCAGAGAGUGAUUGUGCAUACGGAGGGUGUGCGGUCCAGGCUGACGAUCUACAAUGCCAUCAUUGAGGAUGCUGGGAUAUACCGAUGCCAGGCUGUGGAUGCCAAAGGACAAAGCCAGGAGGCCACGGUGGUGCUGGAGAUUUACCAGAAGCUGACGUUCCGCGAGGUGAAGACGCCACAGGAGUUUCGUCAUGGUGAUGAUGCUGAGGUCAUCUGCGAUGUCAUCGGUUCACCCGUGCCAGCCAUGUCCUGGUUCUACAAGAACAAAGAAAUCACAUCUGAACCCAACAGCAGAUUUCAGGUCCUUCCCACCAACAACCUGCAGAUCCUGAGAGUGAGUAAAGCUGAUGAGGGUGUGUAUCGCUGUGAGGCACGGGUUGAGGCCAGAGGAGAAAUCGAUUUCAGGGAUAUUGUGGUGCUGGUGAAUGUUCCUCCAGUUCUGUCAGUGCCCCAGCAGUCCUUCAAUGCCACCGCCGACUAUCAGGAGUCAGUGACAUUCACCUGCAUCACGUCCGGCUCCCCUGACCCUCAGGUGACCUGGUACUGGAGGGGUCAUGUGAUCGAGCGAUCAGAGCAGUAUGUGUUAAACACGCAGGAUGGGGGCAAAAGCACGCUAACCAUUAAAAACAUCCGGAAGGGGGACGGAGGGCUGUACUCUUGCCGCGCGAGCAACAAGGCUGGGAGCUCCAAGGGUCAGCUCUUCCUUAAAGUGUUUGUCCAGCCGCACAUCACUCAGCUGAGGAACGUGACAGCAGUGGAGGGAAGCGCUGCUAUGAUAGCCUGUACAGCUGAGGGAGAACCUCUGCCUGAGAUCUCAUGGAGGAGAGCCAGUGAUGGACAGACGUUCACAGACGGAGAUAAGAGUCAGGAUGGCCGUGUGGAAGUGCGAGGACGCCACGGAAAAUCCAUGCUGACUAUCAGCGGGGUUCGACUGUCAGACUGGGGCCGAUUCGACUGUGAAGCUCUCAGCAGGAUCGGAGGUCAUCAGAAGAGCAUGUUCCUGGAUAUCGAGUAUGCGCCGAAGUUCCAGACCAAUCAAACCAUCUUCUACUCAUGGGAGGGCAACCCAGUGAACAUCAGCUGCGACGUGAAGUCCAACCCUCCAGCGACCAUGCUGUGGAGACGAGACCGGUUUACCAUCUCUAGUCAAGGGACCAGCAACAUCCGCAUUCACACCACAGAGGGCCGAUCGCUCCUAGAGGUCACACCAAUGUCGGACAGGGAUUUUGGACGCUACAAUUGCACAGCCAGAAACAACAUUGGUGCUCGAUAUCAAGAGUUUAUAUUAGCACAGGCAGAUGUCCCAUCACACCCGUACUCCAUUCGGUUGACCGCUGUCUCCCAACGUCUCGCCACCGUCACCUUCAUGAAGCCUGACUCUCACGGCGGCGUCCCCAUUAGCUAUUACAUCAUCAACUAUAAAGACACCAGCUCACAGGACUGGAGGACAGUGAGAUCACAUGGAGUUCAAACUACAUUAGUUCUUGCUAACCUGGAGCCCAACACGACAUAUGAGGUGCGCGUGGCAGCCAUCAAUGGAAAGGGUCAGGGUGAAUUCAGCCACACGGAAACCUUCCAGACGUUACCCAUCCGAGAGCCGAGUCCUCCGACAGUUCAUGGACAGAGAGUCGUUGGUAAGGCCUACGGACUCGGACUAAUCAAACAGGACGAUGGUGGGAUGCCCAUCGUGGAGUACAUCGUGAAGUAUAAAACGGAUAAAGAGGAGCAGUGGAUGACCAAGCUGGUUCCUGGCAUGAAUGAUUUUGCGCUGCUACAGCCGCUGCAGUGGAACACGCUCUACAUCGUGGAGAUCACUGCACGCAAUGUCAAGGGCUUGUCAGAGCCCACCUUCUUCCAGUUCCUUAUGCCACAGAAACCUGACAUCACAGCAGAUUCCCUGUUCAGCGGCCUGGGCCUUGGCACGGUGGUGGGUCUCGGGGUGGCAGGUCUUCUACUGCUGCUGGUGCUGGUGGACGUCAGUUGCUUCUUCUUGCGUCAGUGCGGCUUCCUCAUGUGCAUCACCCGCAAGCUCUGCAGCAAGAAAACCACCACCAGUGGCAAGAGCAAAGAGCUGGAGGAGGGCAAAGCAGCAUACCUGGUUGAUGGCUCAAAAGAGCCCAUCGUGGAGAUGAGAACUGAAGAAGAGAGAACUACUAACCAGGAGGACGGCAGUCCAGUGCACGAACCCAAUGAGACAACUCCUCUGACAGAGCCAGAGAAACUCCCGUUGAAGGAGGAGAACGGCAAGGACGUGCUCAAGCCGGAUUUGAUCGAGAUCAAGGUCCACACGGACAACAGCAUCCACAAAAAACAGGACGACAGCAAAGCAUAAUGGAGCCCGGAGGCAUUCCCAGCCUGAACAAACUGAGACCAAAAUGUAGAAAACACAAAAUGUCAUAAGAGAAAUUAAAAGAGAGAGAUAAAAAAAAAUAAUCUUUACAAUGGGUGACUGAUGAAGGGUGUGUAAACAUGUUCAAAUACAAACAGAGACCUGGGUGGGGUUUUUCUUUUUUCUUUUUUUGUGAUAAAUCUACUGUCCUUUCUAUUCACAAUGACUCCUUUUUGGUUGGCGUUGUGUCUUGGUGUUUUGGCUUUCCCAAUAAUGGAUCUCGUUUGGACCUGUUUGAAUUUCCAGGCCUUUCUUCUGUUUUCUAGGCAUGUUAAAUCCAGUUUCUGCCGAGAAGGACAUUGUGUUCUGUCUAUAAUCUUGAUAAUUCAGAUUCUGGGCUUCUCAUCUAAAUGUGUUAGAGACUUCAUUGGUUUUUUUUUUUUUUUUUUUUUUUUUUUUUUUUGGUAGGAUAUCUCCACAGAAAGCCAUCGGCUUGUCCUCGGAAAUGACCCAAAGGAUUUCUCAACGAUUGGAUUUCUUCUAUUUUUCCAGGCAUGUCCAGUGAGAUCUAGACAAUACGUCUUAUAUAUGUUGACUUCUAAAGCUUGACGACUUCAUUGAUUCAUAUGUUCCAUCUUUGCGUCAUAAGUUUUAAACACAGGAAUCACUUCUCAAAAGAAAUCUGGGGAAAAUGUGAAGUAAAGUGACUGUGUAGUUUGGAUUUCAUUAACUGCCAUGAUGCCCGAUGGAAAUGCUCUUCUUAAUUUAUUUUGAUUAAUUGAUUAAUGUGGGCAUGUGUGAGUGUAUGCGAGUACAGCUAGAUUUACUCUACGCAAAUACACAAACAUAGAUGCGAAUGUUACAAUAAUGAGUUACAAUAAUGAGUUAUUGUACAUGUACUGUGUGUUUUUGUGUGGCUGUAGAGGGUGCUAGAAUUGGCUCCACAUUUCUCAAAAUGGGUCCGUUCUUUGUACGUGGCCUACUCAGAUGGAUUUUAUGGUUUGUGAUUUUACAUGAUCCAGGAUUGUUAAACUCUUCGAAGUUAAUCCUGGAGUUGCUGUCAUAGCAACAUGUCUGUUAGCUCAAACCUUUCAUUUUUAAUUUUAAAGGUGAUCCUUUUUUUUUUUCUUUUUUUUUUAAGGCAGUCUGUUAUAUCUGGGGACUAAGAAACUUUAAUUAAUGCUCACACAUAUAGCAAAUAUGCUUAAAAAUUAAAUUUAUUGAUAAUUACAACAAUUUUGACACUGAAAAACGUAAAGCCUGUAUUAACAGUAGAAAAAAAAAACAAAAAAAACAAUGGGGAUCAUUUAAAAAAUGGUUACACUCCACGAGAAAUUGUAUGUCACUUUGCUUGAUAAGCUGUUUGCUUGAUCUUAAUUACAUGUCACUGCAUUGCUCGUCACGGUUUCGAGUAUCGAUAUAUCUGCCCUUUCCCAAUUAACAUGCAAUCUUGGAAAACUUAAUCCAGAUAUUUAAUCAAAUCCACAAACUUGUUUUAAGAACCAAAUUGGCCAGAAGUCAGCUAUCACAAUUAAUAUAUAUAUAUAUAUAUAUAUAUAUAUAUAUAUAUAUAUAUAUAUAUAUAUAUAUAUAUAUAUAUAUAUAGCAUUAUUUUAUUUUAGUAAUCUUUCAGUAAUUUUACUUAUUUUGCUUAGUUGCUAAGGCAGCAUUUUUAUUUUUGUUUGUUUUUUAGGUAAUUUUUUUAAAUAUAAUAUUUAUAUUUUAUUUCAGUUAAAUUAAAUGUAUUAAUAUUUGAAUUAGCUUCUAUUUGUAUAUGUUUAGUUCACAAUAAUUUUUAUUUUUAUUUAUUUAUUUGUGUGUGUGUGUGUAUUUAGUAUAUAUAAUAUUAAGUUAAUUUCAUAUAGUUGAUCUAAUCUUUAUCACUUACUUUAUUUCAAUUAACCUUGUUUUAGCUUUAAAUAGUUAAUGAAAAAAAUAAAAUAAUAAUUGUUGUCACACCUUUCUCCAAAAAUAGAAAAUUUAACAACAGACUAUCACAAAGGUUAAGUUUCGAGCAUGCAGGCUCUUCAUCAGACCAGUUUUAAAUGGUUAAAAAUGUCAAUACUGGAGGGUUCUUAUUGCCACAGUAAAACAUGUUAAGUACGUUUAGCAGCAUCUCAUGUUUCCAAUGCACAUGAGUCAUUCAUGUCUUGUUUAUUUGUGUAGUGUGUGAUUCUGGUCGAAGUUGUUGGUAAAGGCAACGUUUGCGUUUGCGACUCAAGCCACAUUAUUUGAUUUAUUUUACUAUUUGACUAUGAUUCACAGCUGUUUGUACAUAUGAUGUAGUGUUCCUAUUUAACACAUGUUCCCAGAACAUUAGGAAGGAAGUUCCAGAUCAGGUCGAGUCUCUUCUGUGGGUAUUCCACAAGUCAUUAAUGAAGCAGCAGGGCAUUAUCUACCAAAUUUGUUUUGUAAAGUAUCUGUGAAGCUCGUAUGAUGUCAAUGAAAUCAGUCAUGCCUGCUUAUGAAGCUGCAAAAAAAAAAAAAAAAAAAAAAAAAAAAUUAUUAUUUGUCAAUACUCAUUUUUCUUCUAGGUGAAGUCAUACAAACCAUCUGGAUAGAAAAAAAUCGGUUGCUAAUCAAUAUAUAUAUA